AUGAUUUUUCGGAACCGAGAGGGUGGAUACGAGUGUAGACCCUUACCCGGAAUUGGCGGUACAUUCGAUAACACAGCAACCGCAUUUUUCGAGGCGUGGGCCGAUAGCAUUGAGUUAAUAAGAUCAUGGACCAUGGUAGAUGAAAACAGCUUCGAUAUAACGGGAAUCAUCGACUCGGAAGGCGCAUUUACGGCUCUCUACGAACUUAUUUCGUUCCCCAGCUUCCUCGCUGCCAUACCUGCCUCUUUCGACUUACCUGGGAAAUACGACCAAGAUGGGUAG